AUGCAAAUUGACGUAGUUAGUCUCUCCUUGAAUCUACGAUUUGGAGCUAAAAGGAAACAACGACUGAAAGGCAUACUCAUAUCAUAUCAGUUAAGAAAACGUGUGUUGGCUGAGCAUGAUAAAGGUAAAAAACAUCAGGCGAUCGUAGCUGCUAGACAACGUUACGAAUAUUCACAACUAUCAAGUAUUUAUGUGUCGAGAAUUAAACAGGAACAUAAUGAUGAACAAUUAAAAAAUUAUUUUUCUCAGUUUGGAAGUAUUAACAAUUGUUUUAUGGACAAAGAAAAGCAUGUUUAUGCCAUUAUUGAAUAUGAAAAUCUUGAAUCAGUUGAACGAUGCUUAGCGUUCCGGAAUGAACAUAAAAUUCAAAAUGAUCGAUUAAAAGUAAAAGCACGUGCUCAACAUCCAUUUCAAGCUAAAAAGAUGAUAUUGAGUAAACAAGAAUUUUUAAAGCUAAAUAAAGAUACAGAAAUUGAAAAACAUACACAAAUGGUUCAUGCACUCAACAAAUGUUCAACGGUUGAAGAACAAGCCAAAUUAGUGGUUGAAUAUGAAAAAAUGGCCGAUGUUGACUUUCGUCAACGUGAACAAUUUUAUUUGGAAUUACAAAAUUUAUUUUCAAAACACUUUCACGGUUCAAAACUGCAUUUAACCGGUUCAAUGGCUAAUGGUUUAGCAACGGUUUUAUCUGAUAUGGAUUUAGUUCUUGUACUUAAUGAUACGUACAUUGAACCACAACCGUAUCAUCAAUCAUUCAGUAGUGAUGAUAGCAUACGUAGUCUCAUUAAUAGUAAUACUAACGCUGAAAAUUCAAAUGAGUCAGAAAUGGACGUAGAAAAUGGUAACGAAAUACCGGCAGUGAGAAAUAAUUCGUCAAGUAACGAAGCAUCAUCCUCAAGAUCAUCACCAUUGUCCGUUAUUUAUUCAGCCAAUGAACUUCUCCAACAAUCUGUUGCUGAUCGUCUCGAUUAUAUUGGCCGUUUGCUUCGUAGUCAUGCACCCUACGUGUGUCACAUUCAACGCAUAUGUCAUGCACGUUGUCCACUUGUACGUUUUUGUCAUAAACAACAAAAAUUAUUUUGCGAACUUUCCAUUAAUAAUCAUCUGGCUAUUUGUAAUACGGAAUUGAUUCGACUUUAUCUUGAAUUAGAGCCCAAUCUUCGUUUAUUGUUAUAUACAGUUCGAUUAUGGACGAAACAAAAAGAUUUAUUUGGAAAAGGAACACGUUUUAAUACGUACACUCUUUUCUGGAUGCUUGUAUUCGUUUUACAACAAGAGCAACGUUUACCGAGUGUUUCAAUGUUAGUUCAAUUAUCUGCCAAUCAGCGUACACAUGGUCCGUGGAAUUGUUCGGUACCGGAUGUUAAUCAAGUGAAAAGUGUUUUUCAAUCAGUUUCAGAUUGUACGUUAGAGCAAAUGUUACAAUCGUUUUUCUCAUAUUAUUCGUCAUUGGAUUCAGCAAAGUAUUCUGUGUCCGUAUGGUCUGGUGUGAAUAGUGAGGGACAACAACAACCCUUAUCCGGCCCCAUUCUAUUAGUUCAGGAUCCAUUUGAACAUUCGCAUAAUCUGUCAUCUCAUGUUUCUGCUUCAAAUUGGUUAAAAUUUCAACAAGAAUGUCAAUCAGCCGUUCAGAUAUUAACUGAUUACAAUAGAAAACGUUUGAAUAAAGCUUGGGGUUGGUGUCUAUUAUUUACUCGUAAAACAUUACCAGAAUCAAACUUUAAAAAGAAGAAAAAUCAAACCAACGAUGAUGAGAUGAAAGAAUAA